GGCCACAACCGCCAGUCGGCUCUCUGCCCCGCCCCGCCUGCCCCCCUCCUCUCUUCUCCUCCUCCUCCUCAGCCUCCUAGAGCCAGACACCAAUAUGGAGCCUGAGGACCUGCCGUGGCCCGGCGAGCUGGAGGAGGAGGAGGAGGCGGCGGCGGCGGCGGCGGAGGAGGCGGGGAACUUGGACCAGGACGAAGUGUCAGUUGUGGAGGAGGCGGAGGAAGAGGAGGGACGGGAGCUGGACGCGGACUACGAGAGUCAGCCUCGGGAGAGUACUGACGACGAGGACGACGAGGAGGCCAAGGCCUGGCUGCAGGCGCGCCCGGGCGCGACUUUUCCUCCGCCGCCGCUGCCGAAGCACCGCUACCUGGAGGGCGAGCGGACCUGGCCGGAGAAGGUUGUUCCGUUGAUCUCUCAUGUAUGGCAACAGCCAUUGUAUCAAGAUGAUAGUGGAACACAGAUUUCUGAUACUAAUGUGGUCUCUUUGGGUUCUGGGGAUGAUCAGAGAACAGAAUCUUGGCAUUGUCUUCCUCAAGAAAUGGCCUCUUCCCACACCUUGGAUACAACCCAGACAAGGUUUAAUGUGGAAGAGGAAGGGACUGAAGUGACAGACUUCCCCUCUCUGGAGGAAGUUAUAUUGACUCAAUCAGGAAAUCAAGUUAAGGAACCUAACAGAGAUUUCUUAUGUUCUCCAUUGCUAGUAAUACAAGACAGCUUUGCUUCUCCCUAUUUGCCUUUGCUGACAUGUUUGGCACAAGAUCAGGAGUUUGGGCCUGAUUCCUUAUUUCACCAAAGUGAACUAGAUUUUGCACCUCUGAGGGGAAUUCCUGGUAAGUCUGAAGAUACUGAAUGGUUUUUUCGACCGUCGGAAGUUAGUGAAGCUUUAUUCCAGGCAACCUCAGAAGUAGCUUCAGACUUAGUUAGCAGUUUCUUUAGUAUAUCUCAGCACCCACUUUUAGGUAGUACAGCUGUUGAAUCUCAGCACACUUUUUUACCUCCUGAACAAGGGACUAAAGAAGAGACUAUUUCAUCUGAUACAGUUGAUAAACUGAAAACUCCCAAAGACUCUGAUAGUUAUGAUGCUCUUUGUUCAUAUAUGCCAUGGAAGACACAACAAGUUGUACAGGAGCCAGAAACCAAUUUAGCUGAUAAAGGUCAAGUUUCUUUUUCAACUUCGUCUGAUACAACUGAUGAAUACAUAACUCCUAAAGGAAGUGACAGUUUUGAAGCUUCUUGUUCAUAUAUUCAGCAUUGGAAACAGGAAGUUUUACAGCAGUCAGAAAAAUAUUUAACCAGUAAGGACCAUGAUUCUUAUUCAGAUUCAUCUGACACAAUUGAUAAAAAUAAAAUCCCUAAGGGAAGUGGCAGUUUUGGUGCCCCUUUUUCAGGUAUGCUAUGGAGCAAACAGGGAGCAUCACACCAUCCAGAAACAUGUCUAAUCAGUAAGGACUGUGUUUUUUUCCCAUGUGAAGUUGCUCCUCAUUUUAAUAAUAAAAUAUCAUAUUCUUUCUUGCGUUGUUCGUUGGAAAGAAGAGGAAAAGGGAUCCCUUUGAUGUCUGAUAGUCAUUAUUUUGAGAGUGUUUAUUUAAGGGCUUCAGCUGAGAAUGAGGUGAAACAAAAGAUGGAUUCUUUAGAGGGUUGUGAAAGAAAUGAAGGUCUGGGGAAAGAAUUAUCUCAAUGUUUUGAACUAAAGGAAAAUAGAAAUACUUUAGUAUUUUCAGAGGUGCGCCCCAGAUCUUCAGAAAUACAGUGUGUUGAGAAUGUUAUAGUUCUGGAUAAUUCUGUAACAAUUUCAGAAGCACAUAUACUCUCCAGGGGACAUGAUACCUCUCAGAUGGAGGCUUCUGGUGGUCCUCUUCAGACUACUAAAUCCAACUUGGAUGAGACUUCACAGCAACUGUACUUUCAAGAGGAAAGAAACCGAAAGGCAGCUUCUGCUUUUGGUGGAAAAAAUCUUGAUGCUACUAAAAAUAUAGCCUUUGAGGCAGUUAUUGCCUCUAUUGAACCUUCCAAGAAAGAGAGUACAGUAAGUGAAAUCCGAACUGCCAUCAAUAAAUCUUUAACAAAUGACAGAGAAGAAAGUGAACCAAAAAAUGCAGAUCUUUCCCUAUUAAGUUAUAAUGAUGAAAAUUCUUUCUUUGAUAAACUUAGUCCUCCAUGCUGUCAAUCUCCUCCUGGGGUAUUUGAACCAGCAGCUUCAAAACCAUUGUUCUAUAAAAAAGAUGAUGAUGGUAGCUCCCUGUACCGGCAUCCUAAUUUAAAAUCACUCCCCAAUGUUUCUCAGGAAAUGUUCAUUAAGCCACUUUCUCUUAUUCCAGAGCUUAAGUCAUCUGCUUCUUUAAGUGAAAAAUCUCACAGCCAGGCUGUUGGUCUUUGCAAAACACAGUCAGCUUUAUUUCAGUGUGAUAUAGACAAUGAACCAUUUCUUCCCAAUGGAAAGAUAAAGUCUGUUUCUGCUCUUGACCUUCUAGAGAAGGUAGGCUCUUCAAACAUUAUUUAUCCAACGAAAGUAUCAACUUCAGAUUCUUGGGUUUUACAAGAUUUAAAGCAGCAAACCUUUGAAGAAGUUGCAGAUUCCUCAAACUAUAUUUUGGAGGGCCUGCAGGGGAAGGCUGAAUCUGACAUCUGUACUCUGGAUGAUGAUACUGAAUGCUGUAGCCUAGAUGAAAAUGCUGUUGUAUGCAGUGAAAGAGUUGCUGAACUAGAAAGAGAGAUAUGUGACCAAGGUGACUUGACUGGUGAGCGCAUUGAGCUAGCAGGUUUAGAAAAUUUGUUUGAUGAUCUAGAGAUUUGUGACAGCUCCCUGCACUGGCAAUCUACUUUACAACUACCAUCUGAGGAAGAGAGCAAUUUUGAAGAGCCUGUAGGUCAUUCUAAUGUGGACAUUAAUCAGUCUUUUUCAUCUGUAUUGCCGCCAUUUGUUCCUCAUGAGCCAGCCAGAGAGUUGGAGUAUCACUCUUCAGAUCUCAGAAUGUUGAGGGUAUCUCCUGACACUGUGCCCAAGACUCUCAAACAUUUAGCGGGAGAUACUUCUAAAGGAGGCAUAGCUGAAAUUACCCAGUCCAACUUGAAACCAGGCAUCACUACCACUCCGGGAGAUUCAGACAUUGGAUCUCAUUUAUCCUUGUCCCCUGAGGACCUUCCUCAGUUGGCUGUAAGGUCUCCUCAGGAGAAUACUGUUGGUCAACAUACUGAUUCUUUCAACCGACAGGCAUUGGCAGAUAGUCAUCUAACUGAAGAGACUCUAAAAGUUUUAGCUGUUUCUGAACUAGCUAACCAGAAGACUGAGAUAUCCACAGUACCCUCUAGUUCCUACUCACAAAGAGGGAAGCCUAAUGUUUUCUACCCACAGGCCUUGCCAGAUGGUCAUCUACCUGAAGAGGCUCUAAAAGUUUCAGCUGUUCCUGCACCUGCUGACCAGAAGACUGGGAUAUCUGCAGUCCCUCCAAGUUCCUACUCAGUUGAAGAGAAGUCCGGUGUUUUCUACCAACAGGUAUUGCCAGACAGUCGUCAACCUGAAGAGGCUGUCAAAGUUUCAGCUGUUCCUGGAUCUGCUGACCAGAAGACUAAGAAAACAACAGUAGCUUCUAGUUCCUAUUCAGAUAGAGAGGAGAAUGUUAUUUUCUCCCAGCAACGGUUGCCAGGAAGUUCUGUAACUGAACAGGCUCUGAAAGUUUCAGUUGUUCCUGGGCCAGCUGAUCAAAAGAGUAGGAUAACAACCAUACCUUCAAGUUUCUACUCACUUGAAGAGAAGCCUGGUAUUUUCUACCAACAAGCCUUGCCAGACAGUCAUCUAUCUGAACAGGCUCAAAAACUUUCAGCUUCUCCUGGACCAGCUGAGCAGAAGCCUGGGACACCAACAGUAACCUCUACUCCUUACUUACAUGGAGAGAAGCCCCAUAUUUUCUAUCAGCAGACAUUGCCAGACAGUCAUCUAACUGAACACGCUCAGAAAGUUUCAGCUGUUCCUGGAUUUGCUGAGCAGAAGACUGGGACCCCAACAUUAACCUCUACUCCUUACUUACAUGGAGAGAAGCCCCAUAUUUUCUAUCAGCAGACAUUGCCAGACAGUCUUCUAACUGAACAGGCUCAGAAAGUUUCAGCUGUUCCUGGAUUUGCUGAGCAGAAGCCUGGGACACCAACAGUAACCUCUACUUCUUACUCACAUAGAGAGAAACCCAGUAUAUAUCAACAGGAGUUGCCAGACAGUCAUCUAACUGAACAGGCUCAGAAAGUUUCAUUUGUUCCUGGGUUUGCUGAGCAGAAGCCUGGGACACCAACAGUAACCUCUACUCCUUACUUACAUGGAGAGAAGCCCCAUAUUUUCUAUCAGCAGACAUUGCCAGACAGUCUUCUAACUGAACAGGCUCAGAAAGUUUCAGCUGUUCCUGGAUUUGCUGAGCAGAAGCCUGGGACACCAACAGUAACCUCUACUUCUUACUCACAUGGAGAGAAGCCCAGUAUAUAUCAACAGGAGUUGCCAAACAGUCAUCUAACUGAACAGGCUCAGAAAGUUUCAUUUGUUCCUGGAUUUGCUGAGCAGAAGCCUGGGACACCAACAGUAACCUCUACUCCUUACUUACAUGGAGAGAAGCCCCAUAUUUUCUAUCAACAGACAUUGCCGGACAGUCAUCUAACUGAACAGGCUCAGAAAGUUUCAGCUAUUCCUGGACGAACUGACCAGAACACUGGGAUACAAACAGCACCUUCUAGUUCCUACUCACAUUUAGAGGCGCCCAUUAUUUUUUACAAGCAGGAGUUACCAGAUAGUCAUCUAACUGAAAAGGUUCAGAAAGUUUCAGCCUUUCCUGGACCAGCUGACCAGAACACUGGGAUACCAACAGGGUCCUCUAGGUCCUACUCAUUUGGAGAGAAGCCUAAUAUUCUCUACCAGCAGAAAUUACCAGACAGUCUUCUAACUGAACAGGCUCAGAAAGUUUCAGCUGUUCCUGGAGAUGCUGAGCAGAAGACUGGGACACCAACGUUAACCUCUACUCCUUACUUACAUGGAGAGAAGCCCCAUAUUUUUUAUCAACAGACAGCUCCAGACAGUCGUCUAACUGAACAGGCUCAGAAAGUUUCAACUUUUCCUGGAUUUGCUGAGCAGAAGACUGGGAUACCAACAGUAGCCUCUCCUUCUUACCCACAUGGGGAGAAGCCCCAUAUUUUCUAUCAACAGACAUUGCCAGACAGUCAUCUAACUGAACAGGCUCAGAAAGUUUCAGCUGUUCCUGGAUUUGCUGAACAGAAGACUCUGAUACCAACAGGGUCCUCUAGAGCCUACUCAUUUGGAGAGAAGCCCCAUAUUCUCUACCAUCAGGCAUUACCAGAUAGUCUUCUAACUGAAGAGGCUCUGAAAGUUUCAUCUGUACCUAGAGCAAGUGACCAGAAGACUGGUGUAGUAAUAGUGCCCUCUAGUUCCUACUCACCUAGAGAGAAGCCCAGUAUUUUCUACCAACAGGCCUUGCCAGGCAGUUAUCUACCUGAAGAGGCUCUGAAAGUUUCAGUUGCUCCUGGACCAACUGAAAAAAAGAGUGGGUUACCAUCAGAAGCCUCUAGUUUCUACUCACAGAGGGAGAAGUCCAAUAUUUUCUACCAACAGGAGUUGCCAGACAGUCAUCUAACUGAACAGGUUCAGAAAGUUUCAUCUGUUUCUGGACCAGCUGACCAGAGGACUGGGAUACCUACAGUAACCUCUCCUUCUUACUCACAUAGAGAAAAGCCCUUUAUUUUUUACCCACAGGGCUUACCAGACAGUCAUCUACCUGAAGAGGCUCUAAAAGUUACAGCUGUUUCUCGACCAGCUGACCAGAAGCCUGGAAUACCAACAGUACCCUCUCCUUCCUACUCACAUAGAGAGAAGCAUGUUUUCUUCUCACCACAGGCCUUGCCAGACAGUCAUUUUCUUGAAGAGGCUCUGAAAAUUUCAGCUGUUUCUGGACCACCUGAUCAGAAGACUGGGUUGCCAUCAGAACUUUCUAGUUCCUACUCAAAUAUAGGGAAACCCAUUAUUUUCUACCCACAGGACUUGACAGACAGUCAUAUACCUGAAGAGGCUCUGAAAGUUUCAGCUGUUCCUGGGCCAGCUGACCAGAAGACUAGGUUACCAUCAGAACCUUCUAGUUCCUAUUCACAUAGGGAGAAGUCGAGUAUUUUCUACCAGCAAGAACCAGAUAGUCAUCUAACUGAAGAGGCUCUGACAGUUUCAGCUGUUCCUGGGCCAGCUGACCAGAAGACUAGGUUACCAUCAGAACCUUCUAGUUCCUAUUCACAUAGGGAGAAGUCGAGUAUUUUCUACCAGCAAGAACCAGAUAGUCAUCUAACUGAAGAGGCUCUGACAGUUUCAGCUGUUCCUGGGCCAGCUGACCAGAAGACUAGGUUACCAUCAGAACCUUCUAGUUCCUAUUCACAUAGGGAGAAGUCGAGUAUUUUCUACCAGCAAGAACCAGAUAGUCAUCUAACUGAAGAGGCUCUGACAGUUUCAGCUGUUCUUGGGCCAGCUGACCAGAAGACUAGGUUACCAUCAGAACCUUCUAGUUCCUAUUCACAUAGGGAGAAGUCUAGUAUUUUCUACCAGCAAGAACCAGAUAGUCAUCUAACUGAAGAGGCUCUGACAGUUUCAGCUGUUCCUGGGCCAGCUGACCAGAAGACUAGGUUACCAUCAGAACCUUCUAGUUCCUAUUCACAUAGGGAGAAGUCUAGUAUUUUCUACCAGCAAGAACCAGAUAGUCAUCUAACUGAAGAGGCUCUGACAGUUUCAGCUGUUCCUGGGCCAGCUGACCAGAAGACUAGGUUACCAUCAGAACCUUCUAGUUCCUAUUCACAUAGGGAGAAGUCGAGUAUUUUCUACCAGCAAGAACCAGAUAGUCAUCUAACUAAAGAGGCUCUGACAGUUUCAGGUGUUCCUGGACAAGCUGACCAGAAGACUGAGAUACCUACAGUACCAUCUAGUUCCUAUUCGUAUAGAGAGAAGCCUGUCAUUUUUUACCAGGAAAGAUCUUUGUCAGAUCUUACUGAAGAGGCCUUACAAAUUUUAGGGGUUCCUGGACCUGCUGAGCAGAAGACUGGAAUAUCAGCAGUAACCUCUGCUGCUUCCUCACAUGGAGAGAAGCCCAUCAUUUCUUACCAGCAAGAGUCGCCAGAUAUUACUGAAGAAACUUUGAAAGCUUCAGCUGUUUCUGGUCCAGCUGACCAGAAGGUUGGGAAACGAAUAAUCCCCUCUAGUUCCUACUCAUAUAGAGACAAGGCCAGUAUUUUUAAUGAGCAGGAAUUGCCAGAUCCUACUGAAGAAGCUUUAAAAGUUUUUGCUUUUCCUGCACCAGCUGACCAGAAGACUGAGAUACCAAUAGGACCUUCUAGUUCUUCCUCACAUAAAGAGAAACUCAAGAUUUCAGCUGUGAUUUUACCGCAUGACCAGAAGACUGAGUUACCAAUAGCUCCCCCUAGUUCCCACUCACAGAGAAAGAAGCCCAAGAAUUCAACUGUGAUUGAACCAGAUGACCAGAAAACUCCAUUACUGACAGUUUUUCAUAAUUUUUAUUCUCAGAGAGUAAAACCUAGUAUUUUCUUUAAACAGCAGUUGCCAGAUAAACAUCAAAGUGGAGAUAUUCUGAAGAUUUCAGCUGUCCCUGAACAAACUGAUGUGAAUUCUGGAAUACCAGUACCUCUUUCUAGUUCCUAUUCAUACAAAGAGAACACUAACAUUCUCUACCCACAGGACUUGUCAGACAAGCAUCUAACUGAAGAUACACUGAAGGUUUCAACAAUCCCUGGGCCAGCUGACCAGAAAACCGUGUUACCAACAGCUCCUCCUAGUUCCUUUUCACACAGACAAAAACCAGAUAUAUUCUAUCAACAGGAUUUGCCAGAUACACAUCUAACUGAAGAUGCCCUGAAGAUCUCAAGUGGUCUUGGGCAAGCUGGUCAGAGUACUGGGUUAUCAACAGUCCCGCCUGGCACUUACUCACGUAGUGAGAAGCACAAGCUUGUUUCAGACCAUAUUCAAAGGCUAAUAGAUAAUUUGGAUUCUUCUAACUCCAGUAUUAUUUCAAACAAUAUGCCUUUAAAUUCUCAGGCUGAUGGUAGAGUUAUAAUAAAUAAGCCAGAAUCUUCAGGUUUUGAAGAUGUUGGGUCUGAGGAAAUCCGAGACACAGACAGUGGUGCCAAAACUCUUAAAGAGAUUCGGGAACUUUUAAUGGAGGCAGAAAAUAUAGCAUUGAAACGAUGCAGUUUUCCUGCUCCCCUUGUCCCUUUCAGAGAUGUUAGUGAUAUUUCAUUUAUACAAUCUAAGAAGGUGGUUUGCUUCAAAGAACCCCCCACAGCUGAUGAAUCUAAUGAUGGUUUGCGUCGGAGACAGCCAUUCACAGAGGAAAGCCCAAGCAACAAGUGCAUACAGAAGGAUAUUAGCACACAGACGAAUAUGAAAUGCGAACGAGGCAUUGAAAAUUGGGAGUUUAUUAGUUCAACUACAGUUGGGAGUCCUCUACAGGAAGCAGAAAGCAAAGCCAAGGCAGCAUUAGAUGAAACCCUUAGGCAGUAUAAAGCAGCCAAAUCUGUAAUGAGGUCUGAACCUGAAGGGUGUGGUAGAACCACUGGGAAUAAAAUUGUUAUCCCUAUGAUGACUAUUAUUAGAAGUGAUUCAAGUAGUGAUGCAAGUUCCUGCUCAUGGGAUAGUAAUUCCGUGGAGUCAGUUUCUGAUGUUCUUCUAAACUUCUUUCCGUAUGCUUCACCCAAGACAAGUAUGACAGAUAGUAGAGAGGAAGAGGGUGUGUCAGAGAGUGAUGAUGGCUGUGGUAGCAGUGUAGAUUCACUGGCUGCACAUGUGAAAAACCUUCUGAAGUGUGAAUCCUCAUUGAAUCAUGCUAAGGAAAUACUCAGAAAUGCAGAGGAAGAGGAAUGUCGGGUACGAGCACGAGCCUGGAAUCUGAAGUUUAAUUUGGCUCGUGAGUGUGGCUACCCCAUUUCAGAAUUAAAUGAAGAUGACAGGAGAAAAGUAGAAGAGAUCAAAGCAAAGUUGUUUGGUCCUGGGAGAACAACUGACUUGUGCAAGGGUUUACGGAGUCCAGGGGGAAUAGGAUGCCAGCCAGAAGCUGUAUGUAGUCACAUUAUUAUUGAGAGCCAUGAAAAAGGAUGUUUCAGGACUCUAACUGCUGAACAACCACAAUUGGACAGCCGCCCUUGCGUUUUCAGAUCUGCUGAUACCUCAGAAAUGAUCAGAGGACAACAGAGCCCAUCAUCAUGGAGAACCAGGCACAUCAACCUUUCCAGAUCACUAGACCAGAACAACCCCCAUUUUGAAGUUUGGAAUUCCUUGCAGUUACAAAGUCAUUCCCCAUUUCAAAACUUUACAGCUGAUGACUUCAAAAUUAGCAAGGGGCUUCGAAUGCCAUUCCGUGAAAGGAUGAACCCUUGGCUGUCAGAAUUAGUAGAACCUGCUUGUGUGCCACCUGAAGAAAUGGAUUGUCAUUCAUCACACAUGGUGCCCCCAGAACCCAUGAAAAAGUUUACUACCUCCAUCACUUUUUCAUCUCAUCAACAUUCUAAAUGCUUUUCAGAUUCCUCUGUUCUUAAGGUUGGUGUUACUGAAGGUAACCAGUGUACUGGAGCAUCUGUGGGGGUAUUUAAUUCUCAUUUUACUGAAGAGCAAAAUCCUCCUAGAGAUCUAAAACAGAAAACCUAUUCCCCUUCGUCAUUUAAAACCAUUAGUCAUUCACCAGAUAAAGCUGUGACUAUUUUAGCGGAAAGUAGUAGGCAAAGCCAAAAAUUACCUGUUGAACAUCCUCACCAAGAAGAAAAACUCUUAGAAAGAUAUUUUAAAGGCAGUCUUUCUGAGCCCAGUACCAGUGCAAAUUGUAGCAAUUUCAAGGAAGUUCAUUUUUCUGAUAACCAUACCCUCAUUAGCAUGGGCAGACCAAGUUCCACACUAGGAGCAAAACAGAAGACUGUAACUAGAACUCCAGACCUUCCUUCGCAUAUUUUUCUUGAACAACGAGAGCUCUUUGAUCAAAGCAAAGUGUCACAUGCAGAUCACCACGUGAGAAAACACCAUUCUCCCCCUCUUCAACAUAAGGAUUAUGUAGUUUCAAACCUUCCUUGUCGCAUUUUUCUUGAAAAACAAGAACUCUUUGAACAAAGCAAAUCCCCACAUGUAGAUCAUCAGAUGAGAGAAAACCACUCUCCCCUUCCUCAAGGUCAGGAUUAUAUAGCUUCAGACCUUCCUUCUUCCAUUUUUCUUGAACAACGUCAGCUCUUUGAACAAAGCAAAGUCUCAGAUGUAGAUCACCACAUGAGAAAACAUGAUUCCCCCCUUCCUCAAGGUCAGAAUUGUGUAGUAGAAAAGAAUAAUCAACCUAAGCCUAAAUCACACAUUUCUAAUAUAAAUGUUGAAGCCAAGUUCAAUAAUGUGGUUUCCCAGUCAGCCCCAAAUCAAUGUACAUUAGUAACAUCUGCAUCUACUCCACCUUCAAAUAGAAAAGCACUUUCUUGUGUUCGUAUAACUCUUUGUCCCAAGACUCCUUCCAAGUUGGAUAGUGGAACCUUAGAUAAAAGAUUUCAUUCAUUGGAUCCUGCUUCUAAAACAAGGAUGAAUAGUGAGUUUAAGUCUGACCUACAAACUAUAUCUUCAAGAUCAUUGGAACCGACCUCCACAUUAUUGACCAGUAAUCCUGUAGCACAGGAUCAAGAAUCUUUAGGUUUUCUAGGACCUAAAUCUUCACUGGACUUCCAAGUUGUACAGUCUCUUCUAGAUAGUAGUACUGUUACUCAGGACUUGAAAAUCAUGCCUUUUCAGAAUAGCCAGAUAGUAACGUCAAGGCAAACACAAGUGAACAUUUCAGAUUUGGAAGGCUAUUCCAAUCCAGAAGGGACUCCGAUAUCCACAGAUCGACCGUCAGAGGAGAUUAAGACCCCAUUUUCUGCCUUCUCUGGAAAAUUUUCAUCUGAUGCAGUCACUCAGAUAACAACAGAAAGUCCGGAAAAAGCCAUAUUUUCAUCUGAGAUUUUUAUUAAUCCUGAAGAUUAUGGACAUGAAAUUCCACACCCCAGUGCCCAGAAGCUGGGCAAAGUUCCUGGCAAGUUUGCUUCGUCAUCUUCAGUUCAGCAGAUUACCGUUCCUCAUGGCACAGAUGCCCAGCCUUCACUGUUGCCAUAUAAACCCUCUGGUAGUCCGAAGAUGUACUAUGUUUCACAAUUAAGACAAAUUCCUCCAUUUCUGGAUUCCACAUCAGACACCACCGUUGAGAGCUCACACUCAGGAUCCAAUGAUGCCAUUGCUCCAGACUUCCCGGCUCAAGUGCUAGGCACGAGGGAUGAUGACGUGGCAUCUGUUAACAUUAAACAUAAAGAGGGGAUCUACAGUAAGAGGGCGGUGGCUAAGGCAUCCUUGUCAGUGGGGAAGAAACCCUUUCAGAAAGAUAAUGCAGGAUCAAGCGAUACCAUUAUUUCAGAUGCCAAAGUUCAAGUUUCCAUCAGUGGGGAUGAGAACCUCUCAGACAAAAACCAGAUGAAGGAGAUGUACAGUAAAACAGCAGUGACUGAGGCUGCCCAACCUGAAGAAAAAGAACCCUUGCAGAAAGACACUGCAGGUUCCAGUGAUGCUACUGCUGCAGAGCGCUCAGCUCAACUACAAGACACAAAGAUUGAAAGCCUGCCAGACGCUCAAGCCACUGAACAGAAAGAGGAGAUCCAUAGUAAGAGCGAACUUCCUAAGGAAGCCUGGGCUGAAGAUAAAAAAUCUUUGCAGAUAGAUAUUGCAGAGUCUAGAUGUCAUUCAGAAUUUGAAAAUACUACCCAUUCUGUCUUCAGAUCAGCCAAGUUUUACUUUCAUCAUCCAGUGCACCCACCAAGUGAUCAAGAUUUUUGCCAUGAUUCGUUAGGAAGGAGUAUUUUCAUGAAGCAUUCCUGGAAAAAUUUCUUUCAGCAUCAUCCAGACAAACAAAGAGAAUACAUUUGUCUUCCUCCUCAUCAUCAAAAUGUAGAAAAGACAAAGAUGGAUUAUACCAAAAUAGAGAGCCUCAGUAUCAAUGUAAACUUGGAAAACAAAGAAGCAAUGCAUACUUCUAAAAUUGAGGCUAAAGAAUAUCCAAAGUUUGACAAACAAAUUAAUGAUCCAAAAAGAGAUCAUAAGGUGACCGCAGAGCUAACAACUCAGCACACUGUGAGUUUGAAUGAACUGUGGAACAAGUAUCAGGAGCGACAGAGGCAACAGAAACCUCCUGAGUUCACUGGCAAGAAAGAACUAUCCUUGGUGGAGCGACUUGAUCGUUUGGCUAAACUUCUUCAGAAUCCCAUCACACAUUCUCUCCGGCCCUCAGAAAGUACACAGGAUGAUAGCAGAGUGGAACGAGAUGUUAAGGAAUGGAGUGGUACACAGCAACAGCAGAAAAACAAGCUUCAGAAAAAGAAAUGGUAUAAAAGCCUAGAAAAGUGCAAUAAAAACACAGGAGAUCUUAAAAAAGGUAAAGUGCUUUCCACCCAUCAAGCUAGGAGGUCCAAUCAGAUUAAAAUUGAACAGAUUAAAUUUGAUAAAUAUAUUCUGAGACAACAACCAGGUUUUUACUAUGUGAACAACACUUCUUCAGAUUCUAGAGUCUCAGAGGAGAGUGAGAUGCUCACAGAAUCUGCUACCAACAUCCUCUCCACCACCACUUCUCCUGCGGAAUCAGACACAUUGACCCAAACAGAUAAAGAAGUGACUUUGCAUGACAGGAGCAGCUCUAUUUCUACUAUUGACACUGCUCGAUUGAUCAAAGCUUUUGGCCAUGAAAGAGUUUGUUUGUCACCCAGGCGAAUUAAAUUAUACAGCAGCAUCACCGACCAUCAGAGGAGAUACCUUGAGAAGCGAAGUAGGAAGAACAAGAAAGUUUUGGAUACAUGUCGUCCUCAAAUAACUUCUGAGCACACCAGAAGGAAACACAUCCAGGUGGCAAACCAUAUGAUUUCUUCUGACUCUAUUUCAUCUUCUACCAGUAGUUUCUGGAGCUCGACCUCUACCCUUUGCAACAAGCAAAAUGUGCAUAUGUUAAACAAGGGUAUACAAGCAGGUAACUUGGAGAUUGUGAAUGGUGUCAGAAAACACACUCGAGAUGUUGGGAUGACUUUUCCAACUCCAAGUUCUACCGAGGCUAGAGAAGAGGACAGUGAUGUGACUUCUUGGUCAGAAGAAAACAUAGAAGAGAAAAGGCUCCUUACCAAUUAUCUUGGGGACAAAAGGUUAAGGAAGAACGAGCAGAGUUGCCGUGAAGGAGUUUCAUGGUUUGUUCCUGUGGAAAAUGUGAAGUCUUGUCCUAAGAAGGAAAACCUGCCCAAGCUUCGUGGCCCUGGUAUCUCCUGGUUUGCACCAAUAACCAGCACCAAACCCUGGAGGGAGCCAUUACGAGAACAGAACUGGCAGGGACAGCACAUGGACAACCAUGGGUCACUAGCAGGCUCAGGCAGAGAUCCGCUGAGGCCAUUUGUGAGAGCAACCCUACAGGAGUCACUUCAGCUUCACAGACCUGACUUCAUCUCCCGCUCUAGGGAGCGGAUAAAGCGCCUGAAGUUAAUAGUCCAGGAGAGGAAGCUGCAGAACAUGUUACAGAGUGAGCGGGAGGCACUGUUCAACGCUGUGAGGGAACGGCAGGGCUACCGGGACCCCAUGUGCCCGCUCCCUAAGAGAGGCUUCAUGGCUGCUCAGAAGAACAGGCCUAUUGGAAAGAAGGAAAUGAUUCAGAGGUCUAAACGGAUUUAUGAGCAGCUUCCAGAAGUACAGAAAAAGAGAGAAGAGGAAAAGAGGAGACUGGAAUAUAAAUCAUACCGGCUGCGAGCCCAGCUAUUUAAAAAGAAAGUGGCCAAUCAACUGCUGGGGAGAAAAGUUCCCUGGGACUGACGUAAGAUUAUUUUCCUCAGAGCCUGAGAAUUAUAUUUUAGCAACCUGGAGAAUCACAAUUCUUACUUUUAUGAGUCUGGUUUAAUAAAGCUUAAUUCGUUGUCCACGUGUAAUUUAGAAGUAGUAACCUUCUAAAGAACCCGAGGCAAAAUGGUGAUUAAGAUUAGUAAUGAUUUGGGAGCAAUACUUUCACCACAGUGGCUUUGCCCUCCAGGAUGCUUGUUACAGUGAUAUUAUCUCUUAAUUCUAGCUGAGAAUGAGUCCCUUUUUGUAUGUGUUUUUAUACUUUUAGAAAAUAAAUAACUUCUGUUUGACUUAUAGUAAAA